AUGGCCGUCCCCAACAUCAAGCUGAACAGCGGCUUUGACAUGCCCCAAGUGGGCUUCGGUCUGUGGAAGGUUGACAACGACAUUGCCGCCGACACCGUCUACGAGGCCAUCAAGGCCGGAUACCGUCUGUUUGACGGCGCCUGCGAUUACGGCAAUGAGGUUGAGUGUGGCCAGGGUGUUGCCCGCGCCAUCAAGGAGGGUCUCGUCAAGCGUGAGGAGCUCUUCAUCGUCUCCAAGCUCUGGAACACCUUCCACGAUGGCGAGCGCGUAGAGCCCAUCGUCAAGAAGCAGCUCGCCGACUGGGGCGUCGACUACUUCGACCUCUACCUCAUCCACUUCCCCGUCGCCCUCGAGUACGUCGACCCCUCCGUCAGAUACCCUCCCGGCUGGCACUACGAUGGCAAGUCCGAGAUCCGCCCCUCCAAGGCCUCCAUCCAGGAGACCUGGACUGCCAUGGAGAGCCUCGUUGAGAACAAGCUCUCCAAGAGCAUCGGUGUGUCCAACUUCCAGGGCCAGCUCCUCUACGACCUCCUCCGCUACGCCAAGAUCCCUCCUGCUACCCUGCAGAUCGAGCACCACCCCUACCUGGUCCAGCCUGAUCUGAUCAAGCUGGCUGCCAACGAGGGCAUCGCCGUCACCGCCUACUCUUCCUUCGGCCCUGCUUCCUUCAAGGAGUUCAACAUGGAGCACGCUACCGACUUUGUCCCUCUCUUUGAGGAGCCAACCGUCACGGCCAUUGCCAAGAAGCACAACAAGGAGCCUUCCCAGGUCCUUCUCCGCUGGGCUACCCAGCGUGGUCUUGCUGUCAUCCCCAAGACCAGCCGCAAGCACGUCCUUGCCCAGAACCUGUCUGUCACCGACUUCGACCUCGAGCAGUCUGAGAUCGACAAGAUCAGCUCCCUUGACAGGAAGACUCGCUUCAACCAGCCCGCAAACUACUUCCCCACUGAGAAGCUUUGGAUCUUUGGUUAA